AUGCUUACUCUUAAGCUAUUCGUUUACACAGUAGUGAUAUUUUUUGUUUCUCUCUUUAUCUUUGGAUUCCUAUCAAACGAUCCAGGACGAAAUCCUGGGCGUAAAGAAUAG